AUGCCUCAGUUUUCAAUUUCACAGUCUGAAAUUUUGAGUGGUAAGUUUUUUGAAACAGAUGAAGAUAGUAAUAUUUCUGACUUAGAUACACAGCAUGUUUGUGAACUCAAAGUAGCAGCUAUGCAACAUAUAGCAGAACACCUUGAACAAGAACUUGCAACCAAUAACUU